AUGGCGGCGUCGAACGGGAGCGAGUUCUUCGAGGUGGAGGUGGAGGGCGGGCGCGAGGCGCUGGCGCGGCCGUCGAACGCGGAGUCGGUGGAGGAGGACGAGAGCGAGCUGCUGUGGGCGGCGAUCGAGCGACUCCCCUCGCAGAAGCGGCCCAACAUGGCCCUCCUCACGCGGACGCCGUCGGAGCACGGCCGCGGCGGGCUGCUCCAGACGGAGACGAUCGACGUGCGGAAGCUGGACCGACUCAACCGGGAGCUCGUCGUCCGGAAGGCCCUGGCCACCAACGACCAGGACAACUCCCGCCUCCUCUCCGCCAUGAAGGAGCGCCUCGACCGGGUCGGCUUGGAGGUGCCGAAGGUCGAAGUGAGGUUCGAGAAUCUGAACAUCGAAGCCAGCGUGCAGAGCGGCUCGAGAGCUUUGCCUACGUUGGUGAAUUACACUCGUAACAUGAUCGAGUUCGUUCUGACUGGCUUGAGGAUAUUUCGACCCCAGAGGCAUUCGCUCACGAUCUUGAAGAACAUCAGCGGAGCCGUCAAGCCUGGAAGGAUGACGUUGCUUCUAGGUCCCCCGGGUUCUGGAAAAUCCACGUUGCUUUUAGCUCUGGCAGGGAAGCUCGAUGCCAAUUUGAAGAAAAGUGGUAAUAUCACUUAUAAUGGGAAUAAGCUCAGUGAUUUCUGCGUUCAAAGGACCUCUGCCUAUAUAAGCCAAACGGAUAAUCAUAUUGCUGAGUUAACUGUUCGAGAAACCUUUGAUUUUGCUGCGAGAUGUCAAGGUGCAAGUGAAGGUUUUGCAGGAUAUAUGAAAGAUUUGGCCCGUUUAGAGAAUGAAAAGAACAUACGUCCAAGUCCAGAGAUUGAUGCCUUUAUGAAGGCAUCAUCCGUUGGUGGAAAAAGACAUAGCAUUUCGACAGAAUAUGUUUUGAAAGUGCUUGGUCUUGAAAUUUGUGCGGACACCUCCGUUGGGAAUGAUAUGCUCAGGGGAGUCUCAGGUGGCCAAAGAAAAAGAGUCACAACGGGAGAAAUGAUCGUUGGACCCAGGAAGACUUUAUUUAUGGAUGAAAUAUCCACAGGGCUAGAUAGCUCUACGACGUAUCAAAUCGUUAAAUGUGUCAGGAAUUUCGUUCAUUUAAUGGAAGCAACUGUCCUAAUGGCUCUUCUUCAGCCCGCCCCGGAGACAUUUGACUUGUUUGAUGACUUGGUGCUACUGUCCGAAGGACAUGUUGUAUAUCAAGGACCUCGGUCGGACGUGUUAGAAUUUUUCGAAUCAUUAGGUUUUCGUUUGCCACCACGUAAGGGAAUUGCGGAUUUUCUCCAAGAGGUCACUUCCAGAAAGGAUCAAGCUCAGUAUUGGGCGGAUCCAUCUAGACCAUACGAGUUUCUACCAGUUUCCAAAAUCGCAGAAGCAUUUAGAAUGUCCAGAUUUGGUAGCUCUGUCGAGUCUGAUCUCGCGGCUUCAAAUGUUCAAUCCAACAGCCACCCUAAUGCGUUGUCCAAAACGAAUUUUGCUGUCUCACGGUGGGAGCUGUUCAAAACAUGCUUUGCCCGAGAAGUGCUGCUAAUCGGCAGGCAUCACUUUCUGUAUAUUUUUAGGACCUGUCAGGUUGCUUUUGUUGGACUGGUAACCUGCACAAUUUUCUUACGGACAAGAGUACACCCCACUGAUGAGACAAAUGGCAACCUCUACCUAUCCUGCCUUUUUUUUGGGCUAAUACACAUGAUGUUUAAUGGAUUUUCUGAGCUGCCGAUAACAAUAUCUCGGCUACCCGUAUUCUACAAGCAAAGAGAUAAUUUCUUCUAUCCGGCAUGGGCAUGGUCCAUUUCCAGCUGGAUUCUACGUGUCCCAUACUCUAUUAUUGAGGCCGUUGUGUGGUCUUGUGUAGUAUACUACACUGUUGGAUUUGCUCCUGGUGUUGGGAGGUACGUUUUUCCGCUCAAUUUCUUCAUAUAGGUUCUCCUAAUCCUGCAAAUCUUUUCACAGUUUUUAUUUUAUUGUUUCAGGUUUUUCCGGUUUAUGCUAUUGCUCUUUGCAGUGCACCAAAUGGCAUUGGGUCUUUUCCGUAUGAUGGCUUCAAUAGCUCGAGACAUGGUCGUUGCAAAUACUUUUGGGUCUGCUGCCUUGCUAGUUAUAUUCUUACUGAGUGGAUUUAUUAUUCCAAAGUCCAUGAUCAAGCCAUGGUGGGUCUGGGGUUUCUGGGUGUCCCCACUAUCCUAUGGGCAAAAUGCAAUCUCGGUUAACGAAUUUACUGCCAUAAGAUGGAUGGAGAAAUCUGCCUAUGGGAAUAAUUCAGUUGGCUACAACGUACUUCAGUCACAUAGCUUACCAUCUAGUGGUCAUUGGUAUUGGCUUGGAGUUGGGGUUCUAUUGCUUUAUGCACUGCUUUUCAACAAUAUUGUGACUUUAGCUUUGGCUUACCUUAAUCCUAUCAUAACUGCGCAGACUGUAAUUCCCGUGGAUGAAACUGGAGAAAAUUCCAGCCAGGGCAUUGGGGAUGGUACGCAAUCAAGAUCAAAUCCAACAUCCUCUGGGGAGGGUAACAAGAAGAAGGGCAUGAUUCUUCCAUUUCAGCCAUUAACAAUGACUUUCCAUGAUGUCAAUUACUUUGUUGACAUGCCAAAGGCUAUGCGUUCACGAGGAAUACCAGAAAGUAAACUACAACUUUUGUCGAAAGUUAGUGGAGUAUUCUCUCCAGGAGUACUCACCGCAUUGGUUGGUUCGAGUGGAGCUGGUAAGACUACUUUGAUGGAUGUUCUUGCUGGAAGGAAAACAGGUGGAUAUAUUGAAGGUGAUAUCAGGAUAUCAGGUCACCCAAAACAGCAGCAUACUUUUGCUAGAGUUUCUGGAUAUGUAGAACAAAAUGAUAUACAUUCUCCCCAAGUGACAGUUGAGGAGUCUCUCAGGUUUUCUGCCAGCCUCCGCCUCCCAAAAGAAGUCAGCAAAGAAAAAAAAGUGGAGUUUGUCGAAGAGGUAAUGAAAUUAGUUGAGCUUGAUACGCUUAGGCAUGCUUUGGUUGGUCUACCUGGUAGCUCAGGUUUAUCAACAGAACAAAGGAAACGGUUAACCAUUGCAGUUGAGCUAGUUGCCAAUCCUUCUAUAAUCUUUAUGGAUGAACCUACCUCUGGUCUUGAUGCUCGAGCAGCAGCUAUUGUGAUGAGAACUGUUCGUAAUACUGUUGAUACUGGAAGAACUGUGGUUUGUACCAUUCACCAGCCAAGUAUUGACAUAUUUGAAGCAUUCGAUGAGCUGCUUCUCAUGAAACGUGGAGGAUGUGUAAUAUAUGGUGGCAAGCUUGGAACACAUUCACAGACCCUAAUAGACUAUUUUCAGGGCAUCAAUGGAAUUACCCCAAUCCCAAGUGGUUAUAAUCCAGCAACUUGGAUGCUUGAGGUUACUACACCAGCUGCUGAACAGAAGAUUGGUGCUGAUUUUGCUGAUAUUUACAGAAAUUCGGAUCAGUUUAGGGAGGUGGAAGCUUCGAUUGAACGCUUAAGUGUCCCACCUGCUGGCUCAAGGCCUUUAAAAUUUGACACCAUGUAUUCACAGGACAAACUCUCUCAAUUUUUUAUUUGUCUUUGGAAACAAAAUCUUGUCUAUUGGAGAAGUCCACAGUACAAUGCUGUGAGGAUUUUUUUCACUACGUUAAGUGCGCUGAUUUUAGGCUCCGUCUUUUGGAAUAUUGGCUCAAAAAGAGAGUCGCCUCAAGACCUUUUCGUGGUUAUGGGAGCUCUUUAUGCAUCAUGCUUGUUUCUUGGCGUCAACAAUGCCUCUUCUGUACAACCAAUUGUUUCCAUAGAAAGGACGGUAUUCUAUAGAGAAAAAGCAGCUGGAAUGUACUCCCCAUUGGCCUAUGCCGCAGCCCAGGUAAUGGAGUGGAAAAUAACAUCUCUAACUUCUUCGCUCCAGGGCCUUGUGGAGAUUCCGUACGUGGUUGUGCAAACCAUAAUAUAUGGAGUCAUCACAUAUUUCAUGGUCAACUUCGAGAGGACAGCAAGUGAGAAACUUCUGAUCUUCCCGAAUUUUCUAAUCUACUUUGAGCUUGAAAAUUAGUGGUUAACCCACUAUUCACUUUUUGUUGCAGGAAAGUUCUUUCUUUUUCUUGUGUUCAUGUUCCUUACCUUCACCUACUUUACCUUUUACGGCAUGAUGGCUGUUGGUCUCACUCCUUCACCGCAUUUAGCAGCUGUCAUUUCUUCAGCCUUUUACUCUCUAUGGAAUCUUCUGUCAGGAUUUCUUGUCCCAAAACCAAAUAUCCCGGGUUGGUGGAUAUGGUUCUACUACAUCUGCCCAGUUGCAUGGACUCUUCGUGGUAUCAUCACCUCUCAGCUUGGGGAUGUGGACGCUCAGAUUGUUGGACCUUCUUUCAAGGGCAGUGUGAAAGAGUAUCUGGAGGUUAGUCUUGGCUAUGGUGGCAGUGGCAUGAUUGGAGUGUCAGUGGCUGUGCUUAUUGGCUUCAACCUUUUCUUCUUCGUUGUCUUUGCGGUCUCCAUCAAAGUCCUCAACUUCCAGAAAAGAUGAAAAGGGAAAAGCAAUAACACGCAUAAACGGAGACUAUUUUCGUGAAAGCCAUGAUACUCUGGCUUUCUUGAUACUAUUAAAAUCGUAGCCUCUGUUUUUCUGUUUGUCCUGCCUCAUUACACUUGCUAUGCUUUACUUCUGGAGGCAGCACAUCCACGCUGCAAUCUCUUGAAGCCAUAUGACACUGGUCUUAGCUCGGAAUCCAUUUGUAGAUCAUUCUCGAUCUGGUUGUGAUGUCAAGAACACACGAUCCUCGUCACUCUUGUUCUGUUAAGCUGGUUUCAGAGAGAACUAUCAGUAAUGUAAACCUUAGCUUAGCUUUCUCUAGGAUUAUCAAAAUAUAUCUGCUGACUUCUGUAGAGGA